AUGUCAGUGAAAACUAUCGCAGUCCUUCCAGAGGCAGAGCUCGAGGAUGGCCAAAUGAAAGAGGUUUCGUUCGAAGACGGCAAGGUUUUGCUGUCCAGGUUGGGCGACAAGAUCCAUGCGACGAGCGCAUUCUGUACUCACUACGGAGCGCCGCUCGCCAAAGGCGUUUUGACUGCAGACGGCCGUGUGGUCUGCCCGUGGCACGGAGCGUGCUUCAAUGUCUGCACAGGCGAUAUCGAGGAUGCUCCUGCCCCAACUGCGCUCCACUCCUUCGAAGCGUAUAUCGCAGACGGCCAAAUCUAUGUAACUGCCAAUCCCACCAACACGCUCAAAGCCAAUUUGUCCAGACAACCCAAGUUGCUCGCCACCGGCAAUGACACCACUGGACACGGGGUUGUGAUCGUAGGUGGUGGUUCGGGCACCUUCCACGCCAUCGAAAGCCUUCGAGAGCACGGGUAUCCCGGACCCAUAACUCUGAUUUCCAAGGAAACAUACACCCCGAUCGACAGAACAAAGCUGAGCAAGGCACUCAUUACCGACCCCGCCAAGAUCGAAUGGCGGUCUGCUGCAGAUCUCAAGAUUAAGUAUGGGACGAACAUUCGACUCGGCGUUGAAGUUACUGGCGUGGAUCUUCAGAAAAAGGUCGUGACUCUUGACGGAGGGAAGGAUACCUUGCCAUAUGAUAAACUUAUCCUCGCGCCUGGAGGCACCCCUCGUCGACUUCCGAUCGAAGGCGCAAACCUUGAGAAUGUCUACACUUUCCGUGGAAUCGCUGACUCACAGAAAGUCGAUGCAGCCGCGCAGGAAGGGAAGCGAGUGGUUGUGAUCGGUAGUUCCUUCAUCAGCAUGGAGCUCGUCGUGGCUAUGGCUAAGCGAAAGCUUGCAUCUAUUGACGUGGUUGGAAUGGAGGAGUACCCCUUCCAAGCUGUAUUGGGCUCCGAGAUUGGUGCAGCUUUGAAGAAGUAUCACGAAUCCAACGGUGUCAAAUUCCAUAUGAAGAGCAAGGUCGACAAGAUUGUCGCAAGCGACAGCAACCCUAACGCGGCAAGUGGGGUGAUUGUCAAUGGUCAGACCAUCCCUGCCGACUUUGUCAUAAUGGGAGUUGGCGUUGCCCCGGCCACGGAGUUCUUGAAGGGCAGUGGGAUCAACGUUGAGAAGGACGGUGGUGUCAAAGUUGACCAAUACCUUCGAGUCAAAUCUGGUCCUGAUCAGCAGAAUGUUUACGCCAUCGGUGACAUUGCGAUCUACCCGCAGGCUAGCGGCGACGAGACCAGGAUCGAGCAUUGGAACGUAGCCGGAAACCAUGGUCGAGCCGUCGGCGUUACCAUCUCAGGAAAGGAGCAACCUUUCGUCAAGAUCCCUGUUUUCUGGAGCGCGCAGGGACAACAACUGAGAUAUUGUGGGAUCGGGCACAAGUAUGACAGAGUUAUUGUGAAGGGCAAUCCUGACGAGCUGAAGGUCAUUGCAUACUAUGUGAAGAACAACCGCAUCGUCGCUGUUGCAUCGAUGCAAAACGACCCCGUGGUCAGCAAGGCCUCUGAGUUGCUGAGGUUGGGUCUCAUGCCGACUCCGGAGGAGGUUGAAGCAGGAAAGGAGUUGCUUUCUAUUGAUAUCAGUACUUCGUCCGUUUUGGGAAAGCUCAAGUAAAGAAAGUCGAGACGCGGACAGAAGAAGAAAUACGGACUGUACAAUAUCUUUGACAAUGUCAUGUUUUCGGUUUCAAGCGAACUGCAGCCUUUAAAUUUGUUGUUCUUUGUUUACGCGUUAUUUGUAACGAAUUGAUUGGGACACUAG